AUGCCUCUACACAGCCGAGUCAAAGUACCAGGGGUAGCAACAACUGCCAAAGCUCCAGAGCCCGUCGUCCGUGACGUGUCUGACUGGGAAGUCUUUACUGACGAAGAGUCGGAAAGCGAACUAUCUCAAAACACUGUUGAUUUCAUCGCCCCUCCUCCUCCUUACAAGGUCGACGACCCUAGGCCUGUCUUUACCAGGCCCACGUUGGGUAGACCGCUUACGGACAGGCCUAUUGUAGAGAGGCCUGUCCCAGAAAAGCGUCAAUCCUCAUGGCGGUCAUGGCUUAGCAGGGACAAAGGUGUUGUCCCCGAGCAACCGGAGGAACCUCUACGAAGUGACAAGAAGGUGAGACGUCACCGAUCUGACCCAGAGCCUGUCGAUGAGCGGGAUGCUCGGAGGUCAGAACGUCGUCGUCGACACAAGGAGCAUGAAGAGCGUGGUCGCGUCGAAAGGGAACGGGAACGGGAACGUCCUACUCGAGAGAAAAGUCGAGAAGGUAGCCCAAGCACGCGACAGCGACGAUCCAAGCGACGUGAAGGGGAGGAGAAGGAAGACAGAAGCGAUGACAAGGAGGCUCGUCGGCUCUCACGGAAACUUGGUGGUCGCAGCGAUGAUGAUUACGAAAAGGCCAGAGAACGACGUCGCGCUGAGAGGGAACGCCCCCCAAUGGAGAAGAGACACUCAACCUCUUACUCGAUCCGACAUCGUGAGUAUGAUGUGGGUGAGAAGGAAAGGAGAUCUUCGCGCGUCGACAGUGAGAAGCGACAUCACAAGAGCAGCCGCGAGCCUUCACGAGUUUCACGACAGGAGACUCCCCGAUUGGUCGACGAAGAGAUGGAACGAGAGGCCCGACGAGCAGAGCGUCGACGACUUCACAGUGAACGCAAGACUUCUACUCCAAUGAAGCCCGUGGAUGUGGACCAUGUGGUCAAGGAGCGUGCUUACUCGCGAAGCGCUGACCCCAACGAGAGACGUGAGGAGAGGCGCAGAGAGAGACGCCACAGUCAAAACCUCAGCCAGAUGGAGAGCGAGAGUCGAAAGCAUCGACGAAGGGAAGCCGACCCUACACGAGUGUCAUCCAAGAGCAGGAGUUCCGACCCCGAGAAGGAGAGGUUGAAGAUGGAAGAGAAGGAACGGCAACGACAAGAAGGACGUGCCAUGGAACGAGAACGUGACAAGGAGAAUGAGCGCGAGAGACAGAGGUUGGAGGACAAGAGAAAGGCCGAAGAGAAGAAGAGGGUUGAAGAAAUGGAGAAGGAGCGUGAGCGUGAGAGAAUGGAAGAGAUCAAGAAGGUUGAAGAGAGAAAACGUGCCGAGGAAAAGGCUAUUGAGCGCGAGAGGAGAAAGGCUGAAGAGAAGAAGAGAUUGGAAGAAAAGAAGGUCGAGGAGAAGAAACGACUUGAAGAGAAGAAGAGGUUGAUUGAAGAGAAGCGACGUCUCGAGGAGAAGAAGAAGCGAGCUGAGAGCAAGCGCAAGGCCGAGGAACGAGAACGCCAAAGGUUGGAGGAGGAGGAGAGACUCGAGGAAGAGCGACGUCUUGAAGAAGAGAGGAAGAUUGAGGAGCGACGACGCGCUGAAGAAAAGCGUAAGCUCGACGAGAAGAAGAAGGCCGAAGAGAUGGUUAAGGAACGCAAGAUGGCCGAGGCCAAGAAGCGUGCUGAAGAGAAGGCUCUUGAGCGAGAGAAGCGCGCUGCUGAGCGCAAGGAGAAGGAAGCUCGACGUGUGUACCGCAAGCAGCAGAAAGAUGACCAGAAGAGGAAGGAGGCUGCUAUCGCAGAGCAAGCAGCCAAGCCCGCUAUCCUCGGUCCCAACAAGUGGCCCGGCGCCGGAGCCCGUCUCGGUCCUGGCCUUGGACCUAUGCGCUUCUCUACAGCACCCGCACCACCACCUGCACCAGCCCGCAAGCCUGUUGCUCCCGAGUCUGAUGAUGACAGUGACAGUUCAGACAGCGACAGCGGUGUCGACUAA